AUGCUAGGUGCACACAGAAGACUCUUCCAUACAUCCACAAGACUUGCCGAGAAGUUCAAACACGAUGUUGUUGUUAUUGGCGGUGGUCCAGGAGGGUACGUUGCUGCCAUUAAGGCUGCCCAACUUGGCUUUGAUACUGCCUGUAUUGAGAAGCGGGGGUCACUAGGAGGCACUUGUCUCAAUGUCGGAUGUAUUCCGUCCAAGGCGUUGUUGAACAACUCGCAUCUCUUCCACCAAAUCACCCAUGAAUCUACAAAGAGAGGUAUUGACAUCCAGGGUGAAGUCAAGCCUAAUUUGGACAACUUGAUGAAGGCCAAGGAGACUGUUGUCAAGCAGUUGACCGGGGGUAUUGAGAUGCUCUUCAAGAAGUACGGCGUCAAGUAUUACAAGGGUGAAGGUUCGUUCAUUGACCAACACAAUGUCCAAGUCAAGCCAAUUGAGGAGUCCAAGGAGGUGGAUACUUUAGAAGCUUCCAACAUUAUCAUUGCCACAGGUUCUGAGCCAAGUCCUUUCCCCGGCAUUGAAAUUGAUCAAGAGAGAAUUGUCGACUCCACGGGUGCAUUGUCCCUAAAGGAAAUUCCAAAGAGAAUGGCCAUUAUUGGUGGUGGUAUCAUUGGUCUUGAAAUGGGUUCGGUUUGGUCCAGACUUGGCUCUCAGGUUACAGUCUUGGAAUUCCAAAAGGCUAUUGGCGGUGCAGGUAUGGAUGCCGAAGUUGCAAAGGCCACCCAGAAGUUCCUUACCAAGCAGGGUAUCACCUUCCAAUUAGGUGCAAAAGUGCUUAGUGCCAAGAAUAAGGGUGACGAGGUAGACAUUGAAUACGAGGACUCCAAAUCUGGCGAGGUGAAGACCAUCCAAGCAGAUGUCUUGUUAGUUGCCGUUGGUAGAAGACCUUAUUCUAAGGGCUUGAAUGCCGAGGCCGUUGGUUUGGAAUUCGACCAAAGAAAUAGGGUUGUUAUUGACUCUGAGUACAAGACCAACGUUCCUCAUAUCCAAUGUAUUGGUGAUGUCACCUUUGGUCCAAUGUUGGCACACAAGGCCGAGGAGGAAGGUAUUGCUGCCGUUGAAUAUAUCAAGACCGGCCAUGGCCACGUCAACUAUGGUAACAUUCCAGCGGUGAUGUACUCCCAUCCGGAAGUUGCAUGGGUCGGUAAGAACGAACAGGAAUUGAAGGAGGCCGGAAUCAAGUACAAGACUGGCAAGUAUCCAUUUAUUGCAAACUCGAGAGCAAAGACAAACAUGGACACCGAAGGAUUUGUCAAGUUCAUUGCCGAUGCUGAAACUCAAAGAGUCUUGGGCGUUCAUAUCAUUGGUCCAAAUGCCGGUGAGAUGAUUGCAGAAGCUGGCUUGGCUAUUGAAUAUGGCGCUUCCUGUGAAGAUAUCUACAGAACAUGCCAUGCGCAUCCAACCUUGUCUGAAGCAUUCAAGGAGGCAGCGAUGACUGUCUUUGACAAGCCAAUCAACUUCUAG